AUGGAAAAUAAAAAAAUCGCACUGGCAACAAUUAACGAUAUCGAAACGGACAAAAAUGUAGACGCGCUAAGCAUGAUCACAAAAAUCGACCUCAAAUUAACGAAUGGGAAAGAUGGAAAUUCCACAAAAAUAAGAAACAUAAACUUUGAGGACUCCCUACGGAUGAAUGACGAACAAAUAAAAGUAAAAGAAGCUGUCUUCAUACUGCACAACAUGGAAAACUUCAAUUAUUCAAUUAGUUACACGGAAGUUCAAGACAUAAGAAAUGAUUUAAGACUGUUUGCCAUUAACAACUAUCAUGAGAAGAAGUACACAGAUUGUUUGAUACAAUCUAUUCACUCGUAUAUGAUAGCCAAAAAAUAUUAUUCGAAAUAUUUUGGCUUCUACAUCACGGGAGACAUGAGCACAGAGUUGAUUUUAAUUUGCAAGUGCUACGUAUUAGUGGAAAAAUUUUCCGAAGGAAAGAAAUACCUACAUGAAUUAAAAUUUUUAAUUGAUAAUACGCUCUUUUAUAUACACAAAAAGGGGAUCCUUGAUGACGAGCAACAGAAGAAGGUAGAACAGGUCAACAAUGCCAGUAGGGCCAAAAAUUUAGAUUCCAACUAUGAAGAACCAGUUAUCCUAUGUGGAACGGAGGUUUUAUCAAACAUACUCUACAUUUUUGCAGAUCUAUUAAGUUUAUAUAAACAAAAUGAAGAAGCCGAAAGCUACUACUUGAAGUAUCUCUUUAUGAUAGAAAAAUGUUUCAAGGCGGAUAGCCUAAAUUAUAGCGAUGCGCUAAAUGAUGUUUGCUCCUACUAUAUAAAAAUUAGGGACUACUCCAAAGCUUUACCGCUUUGUGAACAAAUUCUCGAAAUAAGAAAAAAAUUCUUUGGUGAUUACAAUUCCGAAAAUCCAAAUGAAGUAAUUGCUGACUGUUACUGCAAUUGGGGGUUGCUUCUUCGAUUAUCAGGAAACACCAUGGAAUCUUUGCACAAAUACCUAAUCGCAGUUGAUAUGAGAAUGAGGAUUCAUAAAACGAGACAAACUAUCCAAGUGCAGGACAUUCUUCUCUCCUUCGCCAUUCUCAUGCAACAGCUAAACAACUUCAGGAUGUCCCUACAGCUGUACAAGGAGGUUUAUUCCUUUUACAAAAGUUACUACGGCCCAGAUGAUAUGAACACGAAAGUUGUUUUCAAAUUAAUUGAAGAAUUAGAAAAGGAUAUCAUGAAAGAAAACACCAAGGGUGAAAAAAUGGUAUCAUUCCCCGAUGUGGAAAAUUGCUUAUCUAGCAUAAAUGACAAACUGAGGAGAGACAAUAAAGUGGAAAAAAAGUGGAAGGGCUCCAACACCAAAUUGCAGAAUGCGUGGAAAAAGUCAGACGUGGACCCAAACCUAAUUGAAGAUCUAAUGAAUGAACGAGUUUUAAUCAACACGAGAAAUAUGCCCUCUAAAAAUUUAAGUAAUAAAAAAACGUUUAUAUCAAUGGAAGGAAAAUUAAAAUAUACUGACUUAAACUAUUCCAGCAUUGAUGCAUAUAAACACAUGCAAUCAAAUAAACAAUUCGAAAUUUUUAAGAGCUCAUUUUUUACUAUUUCCUCCAUUAAUAGAAUUAAAUCUUUAUAUGCGGACUCAUGGAAAAGUACCCUAAUUCCGUCUACAUACAUAUUACCCUUUGUUGAAACCAAGCUGGUUGACAAUAAUUUGGUGAAAUAUGCCCAGUGCAAGGAUUUUCAAAAUGCCAUUAUUUACAAGAGGAAAAUUCUACCCAUAGUUAAUAUACCCCUAAUAGAAAGGGGAUACGUGAAACUGGACAACGACCAACCGAUCAUGAUUUGCAACGAUGACGCCAAGGUUCUCCUCAGCGAAUGGAACAUUAAAGAACCCUUUGUAGAUUCCAAGGGGAAAGUAAUUAGCAAAUAUGAAGACCUAGACAACGAAUUUAAUAUGUUCAUAUCUAUUCUUGAUGAAAAUAAUGAAGUUAUGCUUGGCUUUUACAACAACCCUUUGCUUGUGCCAAACCCUGCCAUACAUCACUGCCUCAUUUUGGGAGACCCCUACUAUUUCCACAGAUACAAUCAAGUUAACCAUCUGUACUCCUUCGACAAUUUAAACAUGCUGAAUAAGAAACUUUUUAACAAGAAAUUCUUUCGACCCGCUAAGAUAAACCGUUUCAACUUUAAUGCAAAUAAUAACAAUUUGCAAGAUUCUAAGAAAUAUGGGAAAAUAAAAACUGGGAGCAUGAAACCCUUCGGGUUCAAGGCCAAAAAUGGCUCGUUCAAAAUUGCGCCGAAAAAAAGCAUGGGAGGGAAAAGUAGCACAAAUGGUGAAGCGACGAAUAAAGAGGGGGACGCUACGCCGGAGGAAACGAUGGACAGAAGCAAGUCUAAGAAUCUCUUGAAGGGGAAAAGAUUAAUAAAGGAAGGAUCGGAAGCGAAUUUGAAGAAGGAUGAACUGGAGGGGGAGCCGCCCAAGGAGGAAAACAAAGGGGAAAAGGGUGAAAUAAAAACGGACAAGGACGAUAAAAAGGAUGACCAAAAGGGUGACAAAAACAGCUACGUAAGGAGCGACAAAAAGGACUCAAGGAGGGAAUCACGCAGGGAAUCUCACAGGGAAUCUCACAGUGAAUCAAGGAGGGAAUCACGAAGGGAAUCUCACAGGGAAUCUCACAGUGAAUCAAGGAGGGAAUCACGAAGGGAAUCUCACAGUGAAUCGCGCAGGGAAUCACGCCGAGAAUCACGCAGAGAAUCACGCAGGGAAACCCUGAGCCAGCCGCAGGACCAACCAAGGAGCAGCGCCAAAAGCGAACUGGAUGAACUGAACGAACUCAUGAAGAAAAUGAAGUAUAAAGAGGAAAGAGAAGUCAAAAAAACGUCAAACAUCUUUGGUGAUCAAAAAAAAGCACCAAAAACAAAAGUGCCAAUUAAGAAAGUGCACGUUCUAAGGAGCAAAAAUAAUAAUUCCUCCACCGUAUUUUCAAAAGAAAAGUAUGCAUUAAAAAGUACCGGAAAAUUGAGCAAUUUAUUUCCAAGGCCUAGAGAAAAAAUAAAGCUAAUUGGGUAUAGCAAUUCGAAUCAACACGAUAAAUUAGAAAGAACGUUAAGAAAAAUUAGAUUAAAUAAGGAGCCCAUCCUGAAGGCAUCGAUUGAUCAUAAUAUCAGAAUGGAUCUCCAAAGUAACAUGAACAGCAUGGAACAACACGAAAUAGACAAUUUGAAGAGAGAAAUAUAUUAUGAAAAUGCACAGUCUAGUAGCUACACCAAUUCGGGUGAUUCUUCCUCAGGUAAUGACAGCGAAAGGCUGUCUAGCUAUAAGGAAUAUCAUAUGCACAAAAGAAAGGGAAGAAAAUCGUCAACCAAGCAUUCUAAAGGAAGUACUAGUGUCGGCGCGGAGAGCAACUCUCUCAACGAAAGUGACGAUAAUGUGGAAAGUUCCAGUGACUUCACCGCAGGUAGUAGUACCCAAAGCGCCAGUCACAGAAAGGGGAGUCAUUACCGUAAGGAAUUUUACACGCAGGGAUGCGAAAAUGAUGACGAUGAAGACAUUAUCGAUAUAUGUAAAAUUCUCGAUGUUAACCAGUCGCAUGAAAGUUCAAGUGAGUACUCUAAUGCGAAUUCGUUAACAGGUAAAAAAGGGAGUCAGGAGGGAAGCACAUCAAGUUAUGGCAUCAACGAUGGGAAUAAUCAAAUGGGGGAACGAAGCGACAAAAGUAAUAGCCCAUUCAUUUCUGAAAAGAAGAAGAACAACGUUAGUGAAAUGUUCUCCAACGGUAGCGGCAUAUCGAAUGGACAUACAAUAUACGAAGAGGAUGGCAAAAAAAAAAGUGCCAAUUUGGGGGACAACCCAAGCGGAGCAACAAACAUCCUCAGUAAAAGCAGUGCAUCCCACAUCAAAGAUAAAAUAAACGAAAUUAAAAACGUAAACAAGAGUGACAUUUUGUUUAAAUUUAGAUUUAAUCAUGAAGGUUCAUUAAGCAACGAAAAUGUAUUUUCCGAUAGCGACAUAAGUGAGAACGAACUGUAUGCAAAUCCGUUUGGAAGUGCACAGGGCAGUGAAGCUACAUCAGAUGGACACUCUUCGGAGUAUUCAUCUUUCCAAAGGAAAAACAAACAAGUAGGAAGCUCACCGAACGAUGAAGAUAAUAAAAUGAACACCCCAUCUGCAGAUAAUAAUUCACUUGUCAAUAAUAACAACAAAGGAUUCCUUAAAGAUGACGAAGGUAAUGGGACGAACAAAACCGGAGAAGAAAUUGUCCUCAGUGAGAACGAAGAAUUUUAUGAGGAAAUAAUUUUCAAAGAGGAAAGGAUAGACGCUGAAGAUGCAGCAGAUGCAGCAGAUGCCGAAAUUGCAAGUAGGUCUGAAACUGAAAAGAGUGAUCACAUGACAUACAAGAGUAGUGAAGAGCACUCAAAUGUGGGUUACCAAAAGGAGUACUUUAGUAAAAUUUAUCAGGAUAGCCAACCAUGCCAGCAAGACGAAGAAACGUCCUCAGAAUCGCAAAAAAACGAACUAGUUGCUAUCGAUAAAGAAAGCUUCACAGACAAUUUAUACUUGAGAAGUAACUCCAUAGAAGAACUAGAUUCUAAUUUGAUUACCCACAAGUACAGAAGCAAUAAUGCAGAAAAGGAACCCCCAAAGGAGGAGUCCCUAAACGGAAGGAAUCACAUCCCAACUGAUUUGUUAAAUCGCGAAAAGGAUAACGCACCCAGCACCAAGUUGUACAAAAAAAGAAAGGGAAAAAAAUUCUUAUCAAAUAAUAAACACCUGCCUGAGAACGAAGCAGAUAUAUCGUUAAACGAUUACCAUGAUGAGCAUUCAAGCAAAAAUGACAGUGUAAAUAUAGUGUAUUACCGCCCCCAUGAUGAUAAAAGGCAAACUAAAAGGGAAAAUACAAAUGACAAGCAUAUCAUAGGAACAGAAUUGUCCUCCAAUUUAUCCAACAGAAGUGUACACAGCAUACAUGCCGUGCACAGCGACAAUAACGUCACCCAAGAAUGUGACAUAAAUUAUGAUUACUCAUUUUAUUCAAACGUGGGAAGUGAUAAUAAUGGCAAUGUCAUGAAGGGAAAGAAAAAAAAAAAAAAAAUGGAAAACUUCCUGCACCCCAAUAGAGGAACAAAAAUUUCUAAACUGCUUUCCUUUUUCUCAAAAAAGAAAAAAAAAAAAAAACUCGAAAAAUUGAGUACGUCCAGUGGUGAACCCGCACCUAGUAAACAUUCCCCACUGAAUGAAGAAGAUAAAGAUGCGAUUUUCCCAAGCAACCCCUUCAGUGAUAUAUCAAUAGACAAAAAAAACGAGAAGGAUGUCAGUCUAACAAAUAAUGCCAAACUAAGGAACGGAAAAAAAAAGCGCCUUUUUGUGUCCGAACCGCUACACGGAAUGGACAAGCCCAAGCUCGCCAUCAAAUCGAAGGGAAUGGGGUUAAAAAAAGUGUUAAUGAUGAAAAAGGGGAUUUUUAGCAAGAAAAGUGCCAUUGAGAAGAAGCAAUCGCUGCCCAAGAAUAACGAGGUGGGCGCGCUGGAAGAAAAGGGGAAGGCACCCCUUGUUAAGGAGUCACCCAAAGGGGAUGCAGGCAGUGGUGAAGCGGGCGAUGCGGGUGAUGCGAGCGAUGCAGGUGAUGAGAACAACCCGAUCAAUGCGUCUGAAAUGUCCAAAUCGUCUGGAGCCUCCAAAGCGCCUGAACCCCCUGGCGAAGCAAACGCUAAGGAGCAAUCGAACGAAGAAGCGAACGUCAAAGAAGACCCCGCCAAAGAAACAGAAAACAAGGACGAACCUGUGACGAAAAAAAGCUCAACAGAAAUCACCAGUGGUGACGAACCAAACGAAAAAAAAGACGAAGCGUCUGAAAAGGUGGAAAAUAAAUUCCCGAAGAAAAUGAGCCCGCUAAGUGUUCCCAAAAAAAUAAUGGUAAAAAAAAUAGUGCCAAAAAUAGUCCCCAAAAUUGUGGUAAAUAAAGCAAUUAUUAUAAAAGACAAAAGUACCAUCAAAAAAAGCGCGGGUAUUAAGUACGAAGUAAAAACAGUGAAAAACAUAAAUGACAAACUAGCAUUCGAUGUUUUGAGAAAAGUAAAAUACUGCAAGAUUGGAUUUGAACCGGACGAGACCUUGGGCACCCUCCCCACAGUUCAUUUACUAAAUGAAGAUAAAAUUCUGCUAGCUAUCGUCCCCUGGCAGCUGGACCUAACUUCCUUUUCGUUGGCAAAAUCAUCAGUCGAAGAAGAAACUAUCAAAAAAAUAGGAUUAAUGCAUAGAAAAUUCGACUUAUCCAUUGAAGAAAGGAAAAAUCAAGUACUAAAUGAGAAUCGCCUCCUAACAGGAGAAGGACUAAAGGAACUCGGUUUCACCUCCACACCAACAACUAGUAAAGCGGCUGUGGCUAGCAUAAACCUCCUCGAGGGAAUAGACACGAAUGCGCUAAAAAAUGCCUACAAAAUAGAGAAAAAGAGUGAACCAAAGGAAAAAACACCCGCGCUGAAAAAAGAAGCACCAAAAAUGUCGCCGAAAGAAAAAGGAGGCAAAAAAGGAGGACCCAAAUUUAUGAAGGGACCCCCCAAAGGAGUGAAGGGAGGACCUGUUAUAGGAAAGGGAAAGGGUAAAAUAUCCAAAGUGAAGCAAGCAAAGGAUGAAGGAAAAACAAAGAGAUUUUUCUGGGAAGCCCUAUUCGAAGAUGACAUUCCAGGAACGUUAUUUGAAGACAAAAAGGAAUUAAUAUCCAAGAUAGCCAUAGAAAAAGAAAGUGUAGAAAAAUCCUUUGCCAAAGCUGUUAGUAAAAAAGAAGAAGGAGCAGAACUCAAAAUUAAAAAACCAAAAGUUAUUCAACUAUUGCCUGAUUCGAAGAGAGAAUACAACAUGUCCAUUGCUCUCUCCAAAUUUAAUAAUUACACAUUCAAAGAAAUAAGGGAUGCCAUCAUGGAUCUAAAUCCAAAAAUACUUAACAUUGACAACACAGAAGUUUUAAUGCAGUAUGUACCAACAGCAGAAGAAUUCGAAAUCGUUAAGGAGUACAUCCUCUCAAAUGGUGACUUGAACCUAGUUGAUAAGCCAGAACAGUAUGUUGCCGCGCUUAUGGGAGUGCCCCUCCUAAAGCAGAGACUGGAGUCCCAUUAUUUCGCUCUAUCGUUUAAGGAAAAUUACGAAAAUACAUUAACCCCGUUGGAAAAUAUCCUAGAAUCAUGCGAAGCGGUAAAAAAUUCCACAAAACUUUUCACCAUUUUGUUCACUAUAUUAAAUGUGGGUAACACAUUAAACUAUGGAGAUCCUCAAAGGGGAAAUGCCUUUGGCUUUAAGCUAACAACGUUGGCUAAGCUAAAUGAUAUACGAUCAACCACCAAACCGGUUAAAACGCUCCUUCAAUAUAUUUGCGAAAUUAUCUACCAAAAAAGUGCAGACACCUUAGAAAUUAUUGAGGAGUUGAGAUCCAUCGAAAAAGUCACCAAAACGGACAAACAGAUUAUCGAUUCUGUUUUGCAGAAACUGAAAUUGGGUUCUAAUAAAAUUAAAAAUGUGCUCGAUCUAGCUAAAAAGAAUCCAGAUGAUCCGUUAUAUGAAGCACUCAAAGAAUUUUACUUCAGUGUAGAACCCAAAAUUGAAGAAUUAGAGACUUUUUACAAUCAAACUUUUGCUGUGUUUAAAGAAAUUGCCCUCUACUUAGGCUAUAAAGAAAAAGAGGUUGGCAACAUACAAGUACAAGACUUUUUUAAAGAAUUGUGGAAGUUCGUCCAGUCAAUUGAAUUUAACAGAAAAACAAUUAACGAGACGACUCUCAAGGAGCUCAAGAAAAAAGAAAAGGAACUGGAAAAUGUCAAGAAGGGAGCCGUCCUCAGCAAAAAGCAAAAUUUCACCAUCGUUAAGAAGCAAGAGAAGGAGCCAAAAACGCAGCUGGAAAAAAAAACGUUCAAGAUAUUUUGAUGUAAAUCUACGCAAAAUGGUGUACUUGUAACUGGUCUGCACAAAAUGGGCGAUCCCAUUGGAAUUUUGCCUACACCAUCUAAAGAAAAGCGUUUUUCCUUCAUUUUGCUUAAUCGUACAGUUAAUGCAUUUUUGCGCAUUCGUAUCAUGUAUUUGUGUGCGUAUCCUUUUUGGUGCCAAUUUAUCCGCCGCGUGCUCCGUGCACCCCCUUUUUUGAACACAUUUCUGUGAAAGUCCUUUCACCUUAAGAGAAGAACUGCCCACUGUCUCGCAUGGCGAAAACAAAGGGGUAAUUUUUUUUUCCAAAUUUUGCUCC